AAGAAACAGUCACGUGAUCUUGAAAGCAGGAAGCGCAGCCACAUCCACAGCAGCACUAGAGUGAAACUGCAGACAGCUCGACCUGAACGCCCUAACGAGGACUGUGAAUAAACCAAUUAAACACCAUGUUUUGGAGACUUUUCUUCGUGACAUUAUUACUAGCCCUCUUGGGAUCAAUGACAGGACAGGAAUUUGUGAAAAAUGAAGGCUGUAGUUCAUUGAACGGUUGUGAUGCAUGUGAAAAUGUGACUCUCUGCCAGUGGAUGAACUGCACAGAUGGUAAACCUAAGUGCAUUAAUGGCAGUUUUACGAACGAAACCGGCAGCUGCAUCAGGCUAAACUGCACAGAUCCAGCACUGCCCACCACAGUGAGCCCCACCACCACAAAUGCUACCAAUGCUACCACGAUAAUCACUUCCACGGUAAUCACCUCUACUUCAGUUGCUCCGACUAACGAGACGGUCACAAACACCACAACAGCGUCACCUACAACUGCUCCAUCUAAGACGUCCACAUUCGAUGCUGCCAGUUUCAUCGGGGGAAUUGUGUUAGUCCUUGGCCUUCAAGCUGUCAUCUUUUUCCUUUACAAGUUCUGCAAAUCCAAGGAUCGCAACUACCACACCCUGUAACACUCUGCUACCUGGAGGCACCACAAAACCCACACUCCGACCCCAAAAGAGAGAGAGAGACACGUACACACAAAUUCUAUGAUAUUUCUUAAACACUCUUGAGAUUCCCCCAUGUUUAGCCUCAUAAUUGACAUUUGAUGCCUGUGGUUGGAGCUUUAUACUUCAUUUAUGUUAGAGCUCUCAUAAGCACUCAAGUUCGUUAACACAAAUUCAGACAACACAGAGUGAUGCCCCAAGUUUUUUCGAGCAUUGGAAUUAUGGGGUAUGCAAAAUGUGUCCUGCUACUUUCAUGAACAACCACAACUUUCCAAAUUAAGUCAUGUCUGUUAAUGUUCAAAUUAUUUCAUCUUCGAUGACAAAACAGUGAUUUGUCUCUUCAAUAUCAUGGCCUUUCCCCUGAAAGGCGCAUGACGCGGAAUCUUCUCAUCAUGCCUGUGGCAAUACUUCCCCAUUUCCAGUGUUAAUUUCACGAUGGUCAGGUAUCUUCACUAGAACAGUGUUUUAUACAGUUGUCAUGACUGGUUCUUUGUAUUCUACCCAGUCUUUCAUCAUCUUCACCAAGUGCAAAAAUAAUAUCUGUAUAGUUCAGGAGUGAAUGAAUGUUUUUUUCCCCCCCUUCACAUCAUCUUUUGGUUUGUGUCCGCCUGUGUUGUGGUGUUCGUUUUUACAACCCUUUAUUGGCCCAUUGCUCUCAUUCAUGCCAACCAAGAGAGACAAAUUGUUUGUAAUAAAUUACAUUCCCCAGCUUAGUCCCUCAUCUACAGUUAGAGAACCAGUAGACAUCAGUUAUCAAAACUAGUUAAACCUGGCAUCUCGCUCCCUUUCCCCCCCAGUUUUGACAGUGGAGUGCUGGAUAAUAUCAGAGAUGCAUUAUACACCCUUAGUUAACAUCCCAUGACCUCAUUGGGGAUCAUUGUGGGGGACUUACCAGCGUAUCGGCCAUUUUAAGUUGUACUUUUGGGAGUUUAUGGGGAUUUAGUAGAGGCUCAGCCAAUCCAGUUCUACUUAACAGCUGAAAUAAGUCUUUAUUAGAAUUAUAAGAUUCUGACGGACAUGCGAACAGAACAAGGCACUAUGUGAGGGGCAGAGUAUCGAGGAUCCCAUUCAGAAUGAUUGACAGUUGAGUCAAAGUGCCUUUAGGUGGAGGCAGUGGCUUGCUGCCUUAAAAGUGAUCCUUAAAAGUGUGAAUGCGUUCGUUGCGGGCCGCCGCUCUGUGUUAGUGUGUCUGCCUGUAUGUCAGUGUGUUUAUAAACACGCAUGCGUGCUUGUAUCAAUGAAGUAGAUCUAGUGUCUGCCAGCUGGACUGAUCGCUAUAUUAUACAGAGUAGAUAAUUAAAGGUUAAUUCAUUUGUUUGUGGAUUAUGGAUUAAUGUAAUGUUUCCUAAAAGCUUCUCCCAGUUCUCAAGGGUAAUUUCUUGCUAGCACAAAGAUAUCAGUCAGGUUCUAGCAUUCCCAUUCAAAAGCAGAUUGAUAUUUGUAUAUAAUCUGAGCUCUUUGACCAUAAACUGAAAUCAAUAUAAUUUUAUAGUAGGCACUGAAAUGUCUUAAACUGAGGUGUACAUACUUCAGGACGAUUAAAACAGGCUUGUACACAGAGCCUGAUGUUUUGUUUUAGGAGCUUUUGUGUUAAAUACCCUUAAUGAGAACUGAAAUGUGCCCUAGAAAAGUGCAUUCAGGAUAUGUUUUGUAUUCAUGGGCAGAUUUUGAUGGAGACUUAGAAUAGAGCUGUGUCAGACUCAUAAUUUAAUGCUUGGGUUUGAUUUCUUAUAAAUCAAACCCAAUAAUUGAGUAGAUUUGUUUCAAAUGCAGAAUUGACCUAGACUAUGCCUAAUUCCUGCCUUGUUCAGCAUAUUACGUUUAGUACUCUGUUCAUAAAUGCAUUUGUCUGGCUAGUGCGCUGGUACGUGUAUAGGCCGAGGGCCUGUAUAUAUUUUUUUUUUUUUUCUUUUUUCCAUUCCUCUAUUAUAAAAUUUGAAAUGUAAUAAUCUCGAUUAGCUUGCUGCUAAUAACUUCCUCUGUGAGUCGUAAUGUCGUUGGCUUAGGAAGUGAUUCAUAUUAUUUGGGUUGCAAAUUUUGUAAUGGCUGAAAUGAAUAGAUUUGUUUGAUGCGUGCUUUAGUUUCAUCUGCUUCCCUGACAUCUCAGUGUCAAAAUGUUCAGUUCCCAGCAUUGUGUUAACUGCAUGUUUCUCAAAAGAUGACUGUUAAGGCCUCACUCUUUAUUGAACCACUCUAAUUGCUUGUGCAUUGUUAUAUCACGGUGCUUAAAUGCCAAAGGUGUCUAUUUUAGCAUGAGUCACUAAAAAGCUGCUAUAAUGCUUCACAAGCUUCAUCUUGCCCAUAGUGUAGUCAGAUAAAAUCCAUCUGUUUGCCAUUUCACUUAAGCUUUGCCAAAUUAAAAACACUGUAGAAAAGUUCAGACUGCACAGUGUUUCGAUUUGCAAUUUCUUUUAAUAAUUAACAUAAAUACACAAUUACACAACUCAUCACAGUAUUGUCUGUAUAGCAUCAGGCUACAUCCAAAGAUCCCACCUGGUUGCAAAUGGAUUUUAGCUGCGCAUGCAAAGGGCUGUAAAGGACAUGUUACAUGUUGGAUUUAAAGGGAUAGUACACACAAAAAUGACAAUUCUGUCAAUUUUUCACCUUCACAUCAUUCCAGACAUGUGCAUUUCUUUCUUCAGUAGAAUACAAAAGGACGUUUUUUUGUUGUGGGUGGGUGGGUGUCAUUGUACAUACAAAACACUUAAAACAUUCUUCAGAAUAUAUUUUGUGUUCACCAAACAAUACAGUCUUACAGAUUUGGAAUUACAUGAGGGUGAGAAAAUGACAAUUUUCAUUUUUGGGGUGAACUAUCCAUUUUUAGUUCCAGAUUCAGAGCUCAGUGAAGGAUGCUAAUGUUCAUAGUUAAACAGCUCAAAAUCCUCUCACACACUCAGAGAAUUUAACCUAACUUUAAUUAGUCUGUGGCCUUGUUUUCUUGUGCCAUUAUGUUUGUUUGUGUGCAUGCAACAGAUUUCCAUAGAAACAGCCAUAACAAUGCCAUAUUUUGCCAUCGCUCCCUGAGCUAGUGUUGCAUUCCUUUCUGCACCUUUUGAAGAAAAAGUGCCUUAAUUAUUUAAGAUUCAAUGAUAAAGAUUACUGUUGUCAUGAAGACUUGUACUCAAAGGGAUUUUGAGCGUUUUAGAGUGAAGGUUUGGUUUAUUGAAGUUGUGAGUGGUUAAUGAGAGGAACAUGGAGUAUUGCAUCUUGCUUGUGCCAACAUUUAGUUAACUAAUUGCAAAAAGAGUUAAUGUUUUUUUUUUUUUUAUAAGUGUAAUUACCUUUGGCCUAUUGUCUAGUAGUGCAUUUUUUUUUAAUUGCUUCUCAUAAAACUGCACACGCCCCACAUACACUCUUGUCGACUACUGUUGCGUCUGUGUCCAGACAGUCUGCCUUUAAUAGUUUUAUGCUCUGCUAUGUUGGUUUUAUUUCUCUGGAACUCUGAUAUCUUUCUUUUGUUCUUGUGUUUUCCCUUGUUUCAGAUCUGCAUUCGCAAUUAGGUUGAAAAUGUGAUCAAUUAAUUAAAGUUUGAGUAUUGUAAAACA